AUGGAUGAAUUUCGAGAUUCUCAAAAAGAAAGAAUUCAAGAGGCAUUAGAUUUGGGUGAGCUUACAACCGGUAGUGGCUUGAAUCAAGAACUUGGUCUUUCAAAAGCUUGUGAUACGCGUUGGAGAUCUCAUUUUAAAUCUUUCAACAAUUUUAUUCUUAUGUUUGGCUCUAUUCUUAAUUUUCUUGAAUCACUUGUUCUUGAUGCACGAUUAUUGGAUGAAAGAGCCAAGGCAAUGGGAUAUCUUGAAGCUUGUCGAACAUAUGAGAUUGCGUUCAUGUUGCAUUUGAUGAGUGAUGUUUUAGCAAUCACAAAUGAGCUUAAUAAAUGCUUACAAAAAAAGGAGCAAGAUUUGGCAAAUGCCAUGUUACUUGUUGAAGUAGCAAAAAUAAGGUUGCAAGCAUAUAGGGAUGAAGAAUGGGAUUCUCUUAUUGCUAGGGUGUCUUUGUUUUGUAUCAAGCAUGAAAUUUUGGUACCUAACUUUGAGGAGCCAUAUGUUAGCUCUUUAAGAUCACGAAGGAGACUUGGUGACAAUAAAGUCUCUCAUCAUUAUCGUGUUGAGGUAUUUUCCAAUAUCAUUGAUUGGCAACUUCAAGAACUUAAAGAUCGUUUUGGCGAAGCGACGACUGAUUUGCUUCAUGGAGUUUCUUGUUUGAAUCCAAUUGACUUGUUUUCAAGUUUUGAUAUCAGGAAAAUAAUGAAAAUGGCUAAAUUAUAUCCUGAUGACUUUAAUGAAUUCAAUAUGGGUUCUCUUGAGAAUCAACUUGCAAGUUACAUUAUUGAUGUUCGUGAUGUUGAUGAAAGGUUCUCCAAUCUAAAAGGGCUUUGUGAUCUUUCGAAAAAAUUAGUUCAGACAAAGAAGCAUUCAAAUUAUCCUCUUGUAUUCCGCUUAGUGAAACUUGCUUUGCUUCUGCCGGUUGCCACUGCAUCCGUUGAAAGAGCUUUUUCAGCAAUGAAUUUUAUCAAGAAUGACUUGCGGAGUCAAAUGAGUGAUGAUUUUUUUAGCGGUUGUUUGGUGCCUUAUCUAGAAAAAGAUGUAUUUGAUAAUGUUUCUAAUGAUGCUAUUAUUAAGACAUUUCAAGAUAUGAAACCUCAUAGAGUACAAUUGUAG